GCCGGUCCCGGUGCCGGUGCCAUGAAAUGUGUGAUCGCCGGCGGCAACGUCAAAGUCCUCGGCCGGGCCGUGCACUCCCUGUCCCGCAUCGGCGACGAGCUCUACCUGGAGCCCACCGAGAGUGGGCUGUCCCUCCGUGCUGUCAACUCCUCCCGUUCUGCCUUCGCCGCCUUCCUCUUCGCACCCCUGUUCUUCCAGCUGUACGAGCCGGGCAGCGCCGGGCCCGACACCGAGCUCUUCCGAUGCAAAGUCCACAUGAAGUCCUUCCUGGGCGUCUUCCGCUCGCUGCCCUCGCUGGAGAAGUCGGUGGGGAAAUGCCUUAUGCUGCUCAAGCCCCGUGCCAGCCGCCUGGUCCUGCAGCUCCACUGCAAGCACGGUGUCACCAAGACACACAACCUGGCCUUCCAGGAGUGCGAGCGGCUGCAGGCCGUGUUCGACACGCAGCGCUGUGCCAGCCGCCUCUGCGCCCCGGCACGGCUGCUGGCAGAGGCCGUGGUGCACUUUCCCCCGACGCUGGCCGAGGUGACACUGGGGACUGGUACCGGUGGCAAAAUCAGCCUGCGGAACUACGUGGAGGAUGAGGCAGAGCCGAGCAAGACGAUGGUGACGGAGCUGUGGCUGGCUGAGGAUGAGUUCCAGUCAGUGGCCGUGGCCCCGGGCUCCCACAUCACCUUCUGCCUCAAGGAAUUCCGUGGCCUGCUGAGCUUUGCUGAGGCCUCCAACCUGCCCCUCACCAUCCAUUUUGACGAGCCCGGAAGGCCGGUGAUCUUCACCCUGGAUGACACUGUCCUGGAGGUUCACCUGGUGCUGGCCACCCUCUCUGACCUAGAAAGCAGCUCCCAGUCCCCUUCGACCAACGGCGUGUCCCACCUGCCUGUCCCAUCAGACGACUUCGCUGACGACCUGGAGUCCUACAUGGCUGCCAUGGAAACCAGCGAGGGGUGCUCAGAGGGGCCCCCCAGCCCCACCUUCCCCCUGCGUACCCCCCAGCCAGCCAAGAGCAAACCCCAGGAGGAGGAGGAGGAGGAGGAGGAGGAGGAGGAGGAAGGAGCUGUGCCAGGGACCCCCCCGCACAAGAAGUUUCGCUCCCUGUUUUUUGGCUCGGUGAUGACACCAGGAAGGCCUGAUCCAGCCACCACCCAGGAGGUGCUGGCGGAGGACAGCGAUGGAGAAAGCUGAGCCCCCGAGUCACUGCCACCCCCAGCCUCCAUCCAACCACCAGGACAGGCACCCCCCAGUGACCCAUUACAAGUUUAUUCCUCAAAAAAUCCUCCUGCCCCCCCCUCCGCUGCCACCCCAGGGCUGGGCUCUGGGCUCCCCCCUCGCCCCAGCACUCCCUGCCCUGGGCCUGGAUUUGCUUUGGUGGAGCGUGGCGGGGGGGGGGCAGGAUCCUACAAAUAAAAAAACGAGUCGAAAGAAAAGCGACCUGAUGCUUGGGCGGGGGGCUGGGGGGCGUGGGCAGCACGGGGGCGGCUCCCAGCUCAUUUCUUGGCUUUGGCAGAGUUUCGGGGAGGGGUGACGGGGCGCCCGGCGGGGUUCAGCCCGCUGAACUGCCCGUAUUUGCCUUUGUUCUUGUCGGCCGGCUUCAA